ACUCGAUUGGUGCCAUCAGGGAAAGGUUGACAGCAGUCAGCGACUGCUGUAACGCCCUUACUGAGGGCAGAAACUGAACCUGAAACUGCUGCCUCUCAAUCAAUCUGGAUUAAUUUACUUUGAGCCUGCCCUGCAUCUCCAGCAGACCUGCGGGGACGAGAGACGCUAACAUCUGGCUUGCUGUAAAGCGAUCCAAAUUCACCACCACCAGUCAGUCAGCGCUGUAGACAGCAGCCUGUCCCCACAAAGGCGUUUUCUCUGCUAAAACGGUGCGUGCGGGCGUAAUGCGCAGCAGAGGCAUAUGUAGCUGGAGAUCUGCAGCCUCAAAGCGAAAGCAGGACCCUUCAGCCUGCGGUUUUUUAGAUAGGCUACAAAACAUCUAGUAGUCUGAGCAUUUUCAACGAAUAUACACUGAGGGAAGGCAUUGGAAUGUGGCUUACUAUGCUGCUUAUGGAUUUCUUGAAGGGCAUCGGUGAAGGCCGUUAAACUGUAUGGAUCCAGCGCGCGUUUUUGGGACACCUGAAUAAUCUCAAUGAACCACCAUCGAAGUCUAUUUAUCUUUUAAAAUGCCUGGGUACUCAGACUAGUUGUAUUCGCGGCGAAUUGUGUCACGCCACAUCGAGUAGGACUGAUGUUCCAUCUUCAAGGUGUGUUACCCUGAUUGGAAGAUCCAAUGGAGAUCCUGUUGCUUUAUUUAAUGGUCAUUAGCAUGGCUGUGAACGCCCACAAAGUCCAAAUCUGCCCCAAACGCUGUGUCUGUCAGAUGCUCAAUCCAAACCUGGCAACCCUCUGCGACAAGAAAGGGCUUCUCUUCGUUCCCCCUAACAUUGACAGACACACAGUGGAGAUGCGUCUAGGAGACAACUUUGUCACCAGCAUCAAGCGGAGAGACUUUGCCAACAUGACCAAGCUGAUGGACCUUACCUUGUCCAGGAACACCAUCGGCUCCAUCUCACCCCACGCCUUCAAGGACCUUGAGAACCUGCGGGCCCUGCACCUGGACAGCAACCGCCUGGCCCGUCUCACCAACGACACCUUCAGCGGCAUGUCUAAACUGCACCACCUCAUCCUCAACAACAACCAGCUUGUCCACAUUCACAUGGGGGCCUUCAACGACCUGACUGCUCUGGAGGAACUGGACCUGUCCUACAACAACCUGGAGAGCGCCCCCUGGGUGGCCAUCCAGAGAAUGUCGAGUCUCCACACCCUGAACCUGGACCACAACAUGCUCAGCUACAUUCCUGAGAGGACCUUCUCCGGCCUGCAGAAGCUCAAGCGGCUGGACGUCACGUCCAACAAGCUCCAGAAGCUUCCGCCCGACCCCAUGUUCCAGCGGGCGGGGGUCCUCGCCACUUCGGGGAGCAUGGGCCCCACGUCGUUCGCGCUGAGCUUCGGGGGGAACCCCCUGCGGUGUAACUGCGAGCUGCUGUGGUUGAGGAGGCUGCGGAGGGAGGACGACCUGGAGACGUGCGCCUCGCCGCAGCACCUGGCCGGCAGGUACUUCUGGACCGUGUCUGAGGAGGAGUUCCUGUGCGAGCCGCCGCUGAUCACCAGGCACUCCCAGGAGCUGCGUGCUUUGGAGGGCCAGAGUGUGGCGCUGCGCUGCAAGGCCAGGGGAGACCCCGACCCCAUCAUCCACUGGAUCGCCCCUGACGGCCGCCUCAUGUCCAACUCGUCCCGGGCUGCGGUCCACAGCGACGGAACGCUCGACAUCCUCAUCAGCACCUUGAAGGACUCAGGCUCCUUCACCUGUGUGGCCUCCAACCCAGCAGGAGAAGCUCAGCAGAACGUGGACCUGGUCAUCACAAAACUCCCCCACAUCAGCAACGCCACCGGGCCGGAACAGGAACCUGACCCCGGCUCGUCCGACAUCGCCACGGUGACCAAGACUGGAGGGUAUGUGGCGGGGGUGCCUCAUGGGAACCCCAAGACCAGCCAGGAGAAGACGGUGGUCGUGGCUGAGGCGACGUCCACCUCGGCCCUCGUCAAGUUCAACUUCCAGAGGAUCAUCCCAGGCAUACGCAUGUUCCAGAUCCAGUACAACGGCACCUACGACGACUCGCUGGUGUACAGAAUGAUCCCACCCUCCAGCAAGAGCAUCAUGGUCAACAACCUAGCAGCAGGGACGCAGUACGACCUGUGUGUGCUGGCCAUCUACGACGAUCAGGUGACCUCCCUGACAGCGACAAGAGUGGUUGGCUGCAUCCGCUUCACCACCGAGCCCCAGUACCUGCGGUGCCACUUCAUGCAGUCCCAGUUCCUGGGCGGGACCAUCGUCGUCAUCAUCGGAGGAAUCAUCGUGGCGUCCGUGCUGGCCUUCAUCAUCUUCCUCAUCGUGCGCUACAGAGUCUGUAACCAAGGCGACUUAGACAAGACUCUGGAAAUGGGAGACAUCCGCUCUCUGAGCAGCGACGGGCAGCUGCAGGGCUGCGGCCUCCCCAAGUCCCUGUCCAAGCAAAUCCUCCGUCCGGAGAAGGACGAGAAGGAGAGUCUGAGGGUGGCUCUGCCCCUUCCUGAGCCCGUCAAGCUCCGCCCGGCUGGCGCCCCCGCCGCCGCCGCUGCUGCCGCCGCCCCCAACAACAAAUCUUCCCUCCCUGACUGCACAGUCACUACCUCCGCUGCCAGUCACAACUGGCACCCCGCUUCUCCGGGACCGCUGAGGCCCAAACGCUCCGUCGCACCUGCCAAGCCCUCAGAAGUCCGCCGAGCCGAAGGCCAGAGUGUUGUGGAGCUGGAGAACAUGAACCGGAACAACUCCUCAGAAGUCAAAAUGGCUAGUGGCGCUGUGGCUGUUCCCUCCCUCGCCUCCACCAACUGGACACCGGCUGAAAGGGGUUCCCGCCCCCGUGACGGCACCCGCUAUUACAAGACUGUGCCUGCGGGGGGCGUGAGGGUGAACCGGAGGCACUCCCUGAAUGUGGACUCAUACAUGGAGCAGCGGUGCUACGUCAGCUAUCCCAAGCCGGGUGGAAAUCUGCGGUCCAAACGCAGCCUGUCCAUGAGCGGGGAACUGCCCCAACUGGAGAGCACGAACAUUCGCCGGGGGAGAGACAAGUUGUCUAAGUCUGAAUGGCUUCUGGAGAGCACUUUAUGAUUGAGAUUUUUCGGAAUAGUUUGUCUCUUUUCCUGGAGUGAAUUUGUGCCCAGCUGAGUCUGGGCUACACACACUAUGACAUUGGAGUUUUUCUGUGUUCUCAGUCUCAAAUGAGAGACCCACAAGCUCUCUUUUGUACAUCUGAGAGCAAGGUAGCCGUACAGGGUUUAUGAGCAUAUGUUUAACAUUUGUUUUUUACCUACUAUCCUAUCAAAGUCAUCUUUAAAGCGACUUUGGACAUAACUUUGAUGAAAGGCACAAAAAUGUAUAAAGCAACUUCAUGUACAAAAAUGUUAAGUUGUGUAACAUAUAACUCGAGACACAUGUAAGUGUUCACCUGAACGCAGUCAAAUUGUUGGGCUUAUAGCAA